UUAUUUAAAUACUAUACAUAACUAGUUCACUUCCACAAUCGUUGCAGUAUUAUUCUUAUACUUUACUUGUGUAUUUAAUAUUCUUGAUUAGAUCAGAAUUGAUGUUUAAUUUGCAUUUUCUAAUCAAAUCUUGAUCAUAUUUUUAACAGAAUUAAAAAUGUCAUCUUUAAAAGUAUCAUCUUUGUUGACAAAGUCAAGAGGAAUAAAAUUUUCAGUGGAUUUUCUUUUGAAAAGGUCAAUAGCAUCAUUAUCAUCCUUGUCAGAGACACAUCGAUUAUUAUAUAAAACAUGUAGAGAUUUUGCUGAAGGAGAAUUAAAACCAAUUGCAGCUAAAUUAGACAAGGAACAUUUGUUUCCCAAAAAACAGAUUAAAGAAAUGGGAGAAUUAGGUUUAAUGGCAAUUGACAUCCCAGAAUCGUUAGGUGGUACUGGUCUUGAUUAUUUAGCAUAUGCUAUAGCCAUUGAAGAAAUUUCUAGAGGUUGUGCAUCAGCUGGAGUAAUUAUGAGUGUAAAUAAUUCUUUGUAUCUUGGUCCCAUAAAUAAAUUUGGUAAUGAUAAUCAAAAAGAAGAUUUUAUCAGACCUUUUACAAAUGGCGAAAAAAUUGGUUGUUUUGGUCUUAGUGAACCAGGUAAUGGAAGCGAUGCUGGUGCAGCUUCUACCUUUGCAAUUAAAAAAGAUCGAAAUUGGGUUAUCAAUGGUACUAAAUCCUGGAUAACAAAUGCACAUGAAGCUGAAGCAUCAGUUGUAUUUGCUACAACUGAUAAAGCAAAGAAGCAUAAAGGAAUUAGUGCAUUUUUAGUGAGAAAAGAGUAUCCCGGGUUCUCUUUGGGGAAAAAAGAAGAUAAACUAGGUAUACGAGCUUCAUCUACUAGCAAUUUAAUAUUUGAUGACUGUUCCAUUCCUGAAGAAAAUCUUUUGGGGGAACCUGGUAUGGGAUUUAAAAUUGCCAUGAUGACCUUAGAUGCUGGUCGCAUUGGAAUUGCUUCACAAGCAUUAGGUAUAGCACAAGCAUCCCUUGAUGUUGCUGUAGAAUAUGCAACCAAGAGAAUGGCAUUUGGUGCUCCUAUAUCUAAAUUACAAAGUAUUCAAAAUAAAAUUGCUGAUAUGUCUUUACGUGUAGAGAGUGCAAGAUUAUUAACAUGGAGAGCUGCUGUAUUAAAGGACGAACACAAACCAUUUACAAAGGAGGCAGCAAUGGCUAAGCUAGCAGCAUCGGAGGCGGCAACAUUUAAUGCACAUCAGUGUAUUCAAGUAUUGGGUGGUAUGGGUUAUGUUUCUGAUAUGCCUGCUGAACGCCAUUAUCGCGAUGCUCGAAUAACAGAAAUUUAUGAAGGGACAUCUGAAAUACAAAAGUUGGUGAUUGCUGGAAAUGUUUUUAAAGAGUAUAGUUCUUAAUUUUGUACUUUAAGUAUUGUAAAAACUUAUUUGAAAGUAUACGAUACAAUUGUUACAUUGACUGAA